AUGUCGUACCAAAGGGUCCUCCAGAAGCUGGCCACUGAUGAUUUCAUCACUGAGAGUGAUGGUGAGAUGGUUGCCAUGUGGGAAAGGAACCACAUGGCAUACCAUGAUGGGACCACAGACCAAGCCUACCUGGAUGCCAUCCAAGAGAUACAUCAGAUGGCCAUGGAGGACUCCAGGGAAGCCAACCUAGUUUUGGAUGAUACAGCCAUGGAGAUCCAGUCAUACAAAGACAUGGAUGAAUCCAUGGAACCAGCACCAGAUGAAUGGCCAGGUGGUGCCAUGCCAGCCACAUCUUGCAUCAGCAUCCAGACCAGAUGGUUCCAGCAGGCCACCAGAGCCAGCCAUACCACCAAGAACUUCCAGGCCAGGCCAGCAAAAAGCAAUUACCAAACAGGUUGGGGGGCCGAGGUGGUGUGGAUGCUGGCCAUGUAUGAGAACCAUGAUUGGGAUGCCUUGGAAGCCCAGGUUCCAGUCUUGUGGGGCCAGCAGAACGACCACAUGGCUCCCAGGCCAACUUGCUGGAGCAAGCCCUUGCCCAAGAGAUCUGCCAUUUGGACACAGCAGAUCUUUUCCAAGAUGGUCAAGGAAUGGGUGCCACACCAGCAAUUUGCCACAUGCACUGUGCUUGACCAGACCUUGGGAUUCGUGCCCACUGCAGACAUCUUGGUGCACCUCAUUUGUAGUGGAUCCAACCUUGAGGAGCUGGGCGUCACGCUGUCCGGCUACCUCUGGGCACAGGCGUCGUUGGAGCGUUGCUUACUUCGCUUCCUGAGCAAAGAUGGCAAUCCUGUGGAAAUCUUCAUGCCUGCGUUAGUGCUCUUGGAGGCCGGUAGCGACUGCAGCCUUCCGGAAACUGCUGCGGACUGUGCCCGACUGGAGUUCUUGGAUGGGCAGGAGCCAGUGCUGGUCUUCUACGCUCCCCGGGCCAUCUCUGCCGGUGACCCGGUUCCGCUGUGCCAUGGGGGCCUGGCAGGUGGUAGUGGGCGCCUGUUGCUGCAGCGCGGUCGCGUCUGGCCUGGCAACCCCUGGGAGUUUGUGGAAUUUGCCAUGACCCUUCCAGUUCCGCACGACAAGAUGGAAGAAGUGUCGCAAAAGGUAUCUGCCCUGGCGUUGCCUCCCCCAGCCGCGGGGCAGUUCUUGGUGCCCGAGUUGCUGGAGGGGUGGGAGCCAGCACAAGUGGAAGGGCAGGAACUCCAGCUGAACAUCAGGGUGUCGGCACGGAAGCCCUUGCCACAGCAGAUGGAACUUUUGGAGUUGAUCCUCGGAGAUGCCGUGAAAGCUCGGCAAGUGUUGCGACAUGGCCUCCUCUCCCUGCAGAAAGGGUAUCAGAGUUCUUCUGGAUAUCCCGCAGCAGGGCCGGAGACUGCGAAUCCCCGGCAUGAAGCAGCCAGAAGCUUGCUGGAGGAGGAGAAGCGUUUGGUGGCUCUGGGUUUAGCGAGCCUUGAGGCCAAAGCCCAGGAGGCAGCGGAAGAGGUCGACUUUGAUGAAUCGGCCCUGCUGCGGAUGCAGGGCUGCACGGUGACGCUGCAAGAGAUUGCUGCCUCUUUUGCCUCCUUGAAAGCGGGUGAGGCCGAGGCCAGGAUGAAACUGGCGGAGCUCCAGGUGGUCCGUGCAUGUUUAGCAGGUCUCCCUGACGGGAACCCCGAGGCCGUGCACACGGUGCCCUUGGUGCAGACCAAGGAUCCAGUACUAAGAGCCCAUGGUGAGGCAACCAGAGCUGUGCUGGAGUCACGCUUGGCCGCAUGUGAAUGGGAGAUUGCCACCCUUGAUGGAAGCCAAGCUGCGCUGCAAGCAGGUGUGAUGGGAGAAGCCGCUGCACUUCAGGUAAAGAUGCUGAAAUUUCAAGACGCCUAUGAGAAGCUUGCCAUGAGUUUGCAGCUGAUGCCUUCCGAUGUGGCGCGGAGAUUGAAGUUGGACUGCGCCGUGGCGUUGGCGUGCAGACGUCAGCUCUGCUGUGAUGACAUCUCCUGGUCAGAUGUGUCCAAAGAAGGGCAACUGCUGAAGAAACGUUUGAAGUCCCUGGGCUACACUGCGAGCCACUUGCCGCAGGCUGCAGGUGUGCCUUCGGUGCUGCACCUGGUCUCCAACCGAGCAGGGGCCCUUGAGCAGAAACUGCAGGAACAGAGCUCCAGCCCUGACUUGAAGGAUCUCCUUCGCCUCUUCUUGCUGCGGCAGCCGUUGCCAUCGCAGAGGGUUGUGGAUUUGCUGAGUCGCAGCGUGGUGGCUCUGCUGUUGCGGAUCCAGGCGCUCUUUGCAGUUGCGGAUGGCCAUCAAUUGAUGUCCCACCAGGACGUCACGGCCAUGGAUCUGACAGAUCUGACAGCUGAGAACGUUGAGAUCUUUUCCGCCGUGGCCUGGUGGCCGGUGGAAGAUCUGUUGAUUGCCACGGAUUAUGGGGACACGCAGCAUGCUGCGGGGCACUUUGAGCCAGUGAUGUAUUUGUCCUUGGAUUCCUAUGCCUUGAUCGAUGCAGCUCCCAGGCGUUCAGCGGAGAGUGUGUUGGACAUUUGCUGCGGGAGCGGUGUGCAGGGACUUGUGGCAUUGCACUAUGCAGCCAAGGCCACCUUCCUAGAUGUGAACCCGCGAGCGAUCAGCUUCAGCCGCUUCAAUGCUGGGUUGAAUGGCCUCCACCAGCGAUGUACUUUCCUGGAGGGCAGUGUCUUUGAUGCUAAGCAGCUGCAGGGACAAUCCUUCCAGGUCAUCUUGGCGAAUCCACCCUUCGUGCCAAACCCGGAUGGAACAGCUUCAGCCGCAGGGCCACUCUACUCGGGUGGUGGCCAGGAUGGUGAGGAGGUGCACAAGGAGCUGGUUCAGAAGGGCUUGGGGCUCCUGGCGCCUGGUGGGCGUUUGUGCAGCGUGGCUGAAGUGCCAAAUCCCAAGACCUUCCCCAACCGCGUAGGGGAAUGGAUCAACAAGGUGGACUGCAAGAGAGCUGGAAGUGUGAAGAUCUUCACUGGCAAGACCAUUGCCUCUGAAGAGUACUGGAAGACCGCUACUGAGGAGCGUUCUCCCUUGGAAUGGCGUCGCUACUUGCGCGGCCUGCGGCGUUUGGGGGUGACCAGUGUGGCAGAAGCUUUGCUGCUGCUGCAGCUUGAAGAGGUUGGCUCUGCGCCGUUGAGCAUCGAGGCGAUUUGCCGCGAGAAUUUGUGGCAAGAUGUGGAGUAUUUGCGCGGCUGCGUGGCACACUCCAUUGACUGAACGGCCGGACACGGCUGGACACGUCUGGACGAUGCAUUCUCCGUUGCUGACUCUGCAGGAGGUGUCAGCUGCCCCAGGUGAAUCACCAGGCCCUCGCCGGACAUGGCGUACCACGGCGCACCAUGAUGCACCAGAGGGUGUCGAAGCAUCGCUUGGAAGACCUGGCAGAUGAUGAUGUUGGCGAAGCAUUGACAUCGGUUGAAACCGCGCACAAGUGGAAGACGCAGUGGCAAAAUGAUUGCUGU